CGCUGAGUGAGUGUUAGAGGUGAGGAUGCUGUUGAUGUUUGUUUUCUCAGUGAAAAACGUUUUAUUUCUUUGAAACAGCGACGGUAACGUUAUAUGACGCGUUUUAUCCGCUGUGUGCGUUUGGAAAAAGAAGGGAAUUCUGUGCGUAACCGUGCGUAAAAGCGGGAAAUCCUCGCCGCUGCGCUGAUUCUCCUCUGAACUGCCGGCUCCGCGCGCGGCUCGCGGUCAGUUCGGCUCUGUUUCUGCUUUGUUCGGGUUUAUUAUCAGCAGCGCGUGCAGGAGCGGCGGAGAUGCGGCUCAGCAGCUGGACGGGGUCUGACGGGCUGCUGGAGGUUGUGUGAAGGGCUGCUGGCUGGUUUUCGCGCUCUGGAGAAAGAGAGAUAAAAAGAGAGAUAGAAAGAAAUAGAGAUAGAGAUAGAGAAAACGGAUGAAUGAAUGAAUGAACGAGGUGCUCGGAUGUGACGCUCGUGCGGAUCUGCUGACCUGUUGGAUCUCUCAUCCCUAUGUCCAGGAUGACUCGCUUUGGGGACGAGGCGCGCUAUGGCAGAGGGGCUGCCAGGGCCGGGGGCGCGCCCGGAGCCCCCAGGAUGUACAAACAGUCGAUGGCUCAGAGAGCCAGGACCAUGGCUCUAUACAACCCCAAGCAGACCAAGCAGAACUGCUUCACCGUCAACCGCUCCCUCUUCAUCUUCAGCGAGGACAACGUGAUCAGGAAAUACGCCAAGAGGAUCACAGAGUGGCCUCCAUUUGAGUACAUGAUCCUCGCCACCAUCAUUGCCAAUUGCAUCGUCCUGGCCCUGGAGCAGCACCUCCCUGUUGGUGACAAGACGCCCAUGUCAGAACGUCUGGACGACACAGAGCCCUACUUUAUCGGAAUAUUCUGUUUCGAGGCCGGCAUUAAGAUCAUCGCCCUGGGCUUCGUCUUUCACAAAGGCUCCUACCUCCGCAACGGCUGGAACGUAAUGGACUUCGUGGUCGUCCUCACUGGGAUUUUGGCGACAGUGGGCUCAGAUUUCGACCUGAGGACACUGAGGGCUGUCCGAGUGCUGAGACCUCUUAAGCUGGUGUCUGGAAUUCCCAGUCUACAGGUUGUGCUGAAGUCCAUAAUGAAGGCUAUGGUUCCUCUGCUGCAGAUCGGCCUGCUGCUCUUCUUCGCCAUCGUCAUGUUCGCCAUUAUAGGAGUGGAGUUCUACAUGGGAAAGUUCCACACCUCCUGCUUCAAAGAGUCAGGAGAACUGGCAUCAGAUUGGCCGUGUGGGACGGAGGCUCCCUCUAGACUUUGUCCCAAUGGUACGGUGUGCAGAACUUACUGGAAAGGACCAAACUAUGGCAUCACGAACUUCGACAACAUCCUGUUCGCUGUUCUCACCGUCUUCCAGUGCAUCACCAUGGAGGGAUGGGUUGAUGUGCUGUAUAGCACCAAUGAUGCUUCAGGCAACACGUGGAACUGGCUGUACUUCAUCCCCCUCAUCAUCAUCGGCUCCUUCUUCAUGCUCAACCUGGUUCUGGGUGUCUUAUCAGGAGAGUUUGCCAAAGAGAGAGAGCGUGUGGAGAAGAGACAGGAGUUCCUGAAGCUGCGGAGACAACAGCAGAUCGAGAGAGAGCUCACUGGUUAUCUGGAGUGGAUCUGUAAAGCAGAGGAAGUGCUGCUGGCUGAGGAGGAUCAGAAUGCUGAGGAGAAAUCUCCGCUGGAUGGUGCAUGGUACAAGAGGAAACAGAACAACCCAGUUCUGAAAAGGGCGAAGGUGAAGAAGGGUAAGAAUGACCUCAUCAGUGCUGAGGAGGGAGAAGAACGCUUCACAGACAUUUCCUCUGUUGCACCCCCUGGAUCCCCCUUUGCCCGAGCGAGCCUGAAGAGCAGUAAGAACGACAGCUCCUCGUAUUUCCGCCGCAAAGAAAAGAGGGUGCGCUUCUUCAUCCGCCGCAUGGUCAAAGCGCAGAGCUUCUACUGGAUCGUGCUGUGCAUAGUGGGUCUGAACACACUGUGUGUGGCCAUGGUUCACUACGACCAGCCUGAUUGGCUCUCCCAAGCGCUGUACCUGGCUGAAUUUGUGUUCCUGGGUCUGUUCCUGUCUGAGAUGACUCUGAAGAUGUACGGCCUUGGGCCCAGGAACUACUUUCACUCCUCGUUCAACUGCUUUGACUUUGGGGUCAUCGUGGGGAGUAUAUUCGAGGUGGUGUGGGCAGCGAUCCAGCCGGGAGCCUCGUUCGGCAUCAGCGUGCUGAGAGCUCUGCGCCUGCUGAGGAUUUUCAAAGUUACAAAGUACUGGAACUCUCUGAGGAACCUGGUGGUGUCUCUGCUCAACUCCAUGAAGUCCAUCAUCAGUUUGCUCUUCCUGCUCUUCCUUUUCAUCGUAGUCUUUGCUCUUCUAGGCAUGCAGCUCUUUGGAGGACAGUUUAACUUUGAUAAAGAAACGCCCACUACAAACUUCGACAACUUCCCAGCAGCCAUAAUGACGGUUUUCCAGAUUCUGACUGGAGAGGACUGGAAUGCAGUGAUGUAUCAUGGGAUUGAGUCUCAGGGGGGCGUGAGACGUGGGAUGUUUUCUUCUAUUUACUUCAUUGUUCUCACUCUUUUUGGAAACUAUACUCUUCUUAAUGUAUUCUUGGCUAUCGCUGUCGAUAACCUCGCCAAUGCUCAGGAGCUGACAAAGGAUGAAGAGCAGCAGGAGGAAGCUGCCAAGAAGAGCAUGGCCCUGCAGAAGGCCAUGGAAGUGAAGGAGGUCAGCCCCAUGUCUGCAGCCAACAUCUCCAUAGCAGCUUUUGUAAAGCAAAAUCGAGAUGUGCUCUCUCGCAGCUCUUCCGUCUGCAGCGUUCACUCACCUAAGGAGCAGCAGCGCUCACUGCAGAAGCUGUCAGUGUGGGAGCAGCGCACCAACCAGCUCCGCCGCCACAACCUGCGCGGCAGCAAUGAGGCGCUGUACAGCGAGCUGGAGCCCGAGGAGCGUCUCCGCCUGUCCUCCGCCCUGCACCUGCGGCCGGACAUGAAGGCGCACCACGACCGGCCCCUGAUGGUGGAGCAGUGCGACGGCGAGCCCCGAGGUGGAGAUGUCUCGGAGGAUCCUGCAUCAGGGAGAAAGCACCACCGCUGCAGAGGGGAGAACGGGGAGGCGGGAGAAGGCCGACACCAUCGGCACCACAGCCGCAGCCGGGAGCACCAGCGGGGUAUAGAACGCAGCUACAGCCAGGAAGGAGCUCACAGACACCAGCACUCGUCACGUUCUCCAGAAGAGGACAGGGAGCAUCGCCACCACUCCCACAGAGCCAGAGGUUCCAACGGCAAUAGUAACGGCAACGGCAAUGGCAAUGGUAACGGCAAUGGCAAUGGAAGCGGCAACGGAAACGGCACCAUUGGUAAUGGUGGAAAGGGGGAGCGCAGGCCACGGGGGAACAGGGAAGGUGAAGGGGGCAAUGGAGACCGGAGGCGGCACAGGCCCAGAGUCAAAGCACAGUCCACACUGGACGCAGAUGAGUGUAUGAAUGGAGAGAGAUCCCUGGGUCAGAGGGACAGACUGACCGAUAUAGAAGGAGACGGUCUGGGCAGCCCCCCACAGUCCCCUACUGAUCCACAGGCUGGAGAAGAGCGGCAAGAGGACUCAGAUAACCUGAAGAACAGCACCAGAGCUGGAUCUACUGCAGUCAACAUCCCUGUUACUGUCACUGCCCCACCUGGAGAAACCACCAUCAUCCCCAUGAAUAACAUAGAUGGUGACAGUCUGCUGCUGAGUGAAGAAAAGAAGGAUUUGGAUGAGCUGAAUCAGAUCCCUCCCAAACACAUCCUACCCUACAGCUCCAUGUUCGUGUUUGGACAGUCCAACCCUGUUCGGCGGCUGUGUCACUACGUGGUGAACCUGCGCUACUUUGAGAUGUGUAUCCUCACGGUCAUCACCAUGAGCAGCAUCGCACUGGCUGCUGAAGACCCGGUGCAGGCGAACGCCCCCAGGAAUAAUGUGCUUAAAUACCUAGAUUACGUCUUCACCGGAGUGUUCACAUUUGAAAUGGUGAUAAAGAUGAUUGACCUGGGUCUGCUGCUCCAUCCUGGCUCCUACUUCAGAGACCUGUGGAACAUUCUGGACUUCAUCGUGGUCACUGGCGCCCUGGUGGCUUUCGCCUGCUCAGGUUCUAAAGGAAAGGACAUCAACACCAUCAAGUCCCUGCGAGUGCUGCGAGUGCUGAGACCACUUAAGACCAUCAAGAGGCUUCCUAAACUGAAGGCGGUGUUUGACUGUGUGGUGAACUCUCUGAAGAAUGUGUUGAACAUCCUCAUCGUCUACAUCCUCUUCAUGUUCAUCUUCGCCGUCAUCGCUGUGCAGCUGUUUAAGGGCAAGUUCUUCUACUGCACAGACGAGUCCAAAGCUCUGCAGAAAGACUGCAGGGGUCAGUUUCUGGAUUAUGAUGGGGAUGAGGUGUCCGCUCAGCCGAGAGAGUGGAAGAAAUACGAGUUUCACUACGACAACGUGCUGUGGGCCUUCCUGACCCUCUUCACUGUGUCCACUGGAGAGGGCUGGCCAAUGGUGCUGAAACACUCUGUGGACGCCACCUAUGAGGAUCAGGGCCCAAGCCCGGGCUACCGCAUGGAAACGUCCAUCUUCUACGUGGUCUACUUCGUGGUCUUCCCGUUUUUCUUCGUCAACAUAUUCGUGGCCUUGAUCAUCAUCACGUUCCAGGAGCAGGGGGACAAGGCCAUGUCUGACUGCAGCCUGGAGAAGAACGAGCGGGCUUGUAUUGACUUUGCCAUCAAUGCUAAACCCCUGACCCGCUACAUGCCCCAGGAUAAACAGUCCUACCAGUACAAGAUGUGGAAGUUUGUGGUCUCGACGCCCUUCGAGUACUCCAUCCUGACUAUGAUCGCCGUCAAUACUGUUGUUCUCAUGAUGAAGUUCCAUGAAGCCCCAAAGCCCUACGAGGACAUGCUGAAGUGGCUGAACAUCAUCUUCACUGCCCUCUUUACCCUGGAAUGCAUACUGAAGAUCAUCGCCUUUGGCCUGCUGAACUACCUGAAGGAGGCCUGGAAUAUUUUUGACUUUGUGACGGUACUGGGCAGCAUUACUGACAUCCUGGUCACUGAGAUCAAGCAGGACAAGUUGAUCAAUCUGAGUUUCCUGAGACUGUUUCGAGCUGCUCGCCUCAUCAAGCUCCUGAGGCAAGGCUACACCAUCCGCAUCCUGCUGUGGACCUUCGUCCAGUCCUUUAAGGCUCUUCCUUAUGUGUGUCUCCUGAUUGCCAUGCUCUUCUUUAUCUACGCCAUCAUUGGGAUGCAGGUGUUUGGAAACAUCGAUUUAAAUGAAGACACAUCCAUCAACCACCACAACAACUUCCGCACUUUCUUUCAGGCCCUCAUGCUGCUGUUCAGGAGUGCUACGGGUGAGGCGUGGCAUGAGAUCAUGUUGGCGUGUUUGAGUGAAAAGCCGUGUGACCCGCUCUCAGGCUCCAGUGAAAAGGAGUGUGGCAGUGAAUUUGCAUAUUUCUACUUCGUCUCCUUCAUCUUCCUCUGCUCAUUCUUGAUGCUGAAUCUCUUCGUUGCUGUCAUCAUGGACAACUUUGAGUAUUUGACCCGAGACGCCUCCAUCCUUGGACCUCACCACCUGGACGAGUUCAUCCGCGUCUGGGCAGAGUACGACCCCGCUGCCUGUGGGCGCAUAUCCUACCUGGAUAUGUAUGAAAUGCUCCGGCACAUGUCCCCUCCGCUAGGUUUGGGAAAGAAAUGUCCAUCGAGAAUUGCCUACAAGCGCUUGGUGAGGAUGAACAUGCCCAUUGCGGAUGACAACACAGUUCACUUCACAUCCACGCUGAUGGCUCUCAUACGCACCGCCCUGGAUAUCAAGCUGGCAUCAGGUGUUCUGGCUCAGAGACUGUGUGAUAUUGAUCUGAGGAGAGAGAUUAAUAAAGUGUGGCCCAGUCUUCAGCCCAAGACAGUGGACCUGCUGGUCACCCCUCAUAAACAUAAUGAGCUGACGGUUGGGAAGGUCUAUGCUGCCCUGAUGAUUUUUGAUUACUACAAGCAGAAUCGAGCAAAGAGGCUCCAGCAGCAGCAGCCGUCUGUCGGUCCACAGAGUAAAAUGGGGGCACUCUUCAAGCCCAUGCUUCCCCUCACCCACCUACACGAACAAGAGCUUCCCAUCAAGAGUAAUAAGCCUUCCCCCCGUUUUCAUCCUGACACAUCUCCACAGCUAGAAUCUUCACCUACAGCCCCUCUCCUGACUAACGGGGAGGCAGUGCAAAGCCAGAGCAGUGCCAUGAAAAAGUAUCCCUCAGAAGGUAUACCUCAGGAAGGAGGGCAGCAGAGGAGCAGGAAUACAGUCCAGCGGGGCUAUUCCGAAGACAUGCCAAACACAACCAAAUCUCAGGAAUUAGUAGAGAUGACGGAUAUGGAGAAUGAUUCUGAUGUAGGGGGCUUCUCCACACUGGAGGGCCACGGGAGGGCAGCCUCAAUGCCCAAACUUAGUGCGGGCUUCCAGCGGAGCCACUUACGCCACAACACCGGGACGUACCUAGCACCCAUCACAGAUAUGAGCCCCAUGCGGCGCUCGGCCUCCUCUCUGACCCCUCAGAGAGGUGGGCCGGAGGUCAGUCUGAGGGAUUUGGAUCUGGAACGGCCUCCGGUGACCCUCGCCCCCACCCUGAUCACCCAGAGCCAGGAGAGAGAGAGGGAGAGAGCGCAUCACCAUCAUCACCACCACCACCGCUGCCACCGCCGCAGAGAGAAGAAGCACAAAUCACUGGACCGAGCCAUCAGCGAGGAGCAGCUGGGCUCUGCUGAUUCACCGACGGAUCAGGGCGCUGAGCCGAGGGAGCGGGACCGUGCUCGUGAGCGUGAGCGGGACCGCGGACGCUCUCACGAGAGGAAGCACCACUCGUCCUCAGCGGCGGACCGGAAGCAGCGCUACUUCUCCUGCGAUCGCUACGGCAGCCGAGAGCACUGCCACAGCCAAUCACCCGCCCCCAGCAGAUCCGCAUCACCAGGAGAUCCACUCGACUCCAACAAAUUCAAACCGGCCACUAGCUCAGCUAAGGGCAGCACGGUGGUCUUUACCUCAACCACUACACCGUGCCGCGGGCGCCGUCAGCUGCCCCAGACCCCCCUCACCCCGAGGCCAGCGGUGGCCUAUAAGACUGCCAACUCCUCCCCAGUGCUGCUUAGCUCCGCCCGCUCGCUCGGCCCGGGACCCGCCCGCCUCAUCCGCGGCCAAUCGGAGCACGACUCCCUGCUCAGCGGUGACGCCCAGCGCCCCACCCCCGUGCCUGUCACUCGCAUCAGCUCCGACCCCAGCCUGGGUCCCCUGCAGAGAGACCCCCACCUGUCAGAGGCUGAAGACUUCCAGGACGCGUUAAGCACGUACGGAUUGGGGCGCUCCCCCAGGACUGCUGCCACCGCCCCCCUCCACACGGCCACCGGGGUGGGCCAGCAAAGCCGGAGCGGCGUCCCCAACGGAUAUCACUUCACUUUAGGAGUGAGCCCAGCCCCGGGGUCCAGCAGCAGGGUCUCCCCGAGCUACCAGGAAGUGGAAAAAGAUGACUGGUGCUAGCUAGCGUAUUGAAAGAAAAAAAUAACGGGGGUCGAAACUGCCUGCAGGAUGAGUUUUAUCAUCCUUGCUGAGAUGGCGGUGCACAGCCGUGCUCCGAGCUGUGUACCAGUGCAAAUAAACCUAAGGUGUGAUGAGUGAGGGAAUGUCGAUUAGGUUAUCAUUCAUUUGUUGAUUCAAUUGUUAAUCUAACAGGGCCGCAAUGUUUCAAUCGCGGCUCGACGUUACCUCGUAAUGUGUUGUAGAUGGCUCUCUAGUCACAGGUAGUGAAGACAACAGUGCCAUAGUGCAUUUUGCUAACCCAAGAUGAGCUCCAACUGCCACUGAAGAGGAGAGAAGUAGUUUAGCUAAGAAUGCAAAGCUACUAAACACUGCCCUCCACUCUCUGGAACCAUAUUAACAGGGCUACAAUCAAUAGAGGACCAUGAGAUGGUCGUUGCAGCCAUUGAAAAGCGCUUAAGGCGUAACUUAAAGAGCCAGAAAGCUAAGAAUGCUAAGGAAGCUAAGAAAGCUAAGGAAGUGUGAGCUAGAAGGUACUGUAGAUGCAGGAGCGCAGCAGGUUGGCCAGGCUGGCUUUAUUAUAUAACAGCCCAGAUCCCAGCCAGUUCUUACACCUCUUUAGCCCCUCCUCUUCAUAGGGUGGGUCUUGUAAUGGAGGGUUCCUUCUUAAUGUCCUUUCUUGUCAUGCUGCUGUCUUAUGCUGUUCUAUGAUCUUCUUCUGGCGAGUGGAGCAGAACUUCUCCCACUUUCUAAAACAGAAAAGAAAAAAAUGGCCAAAUUGUAAUUAGUUUUGUAUGGGGCUGCAGUAGACUGACUAUCUUUUCACAGUGUCCUUUUUUGUACCUUGUACAUGACGAGUUGUAGCUGGGCAUCCUGUAAGGUCUACUCUUUUUUACUGUAUUACGCUCAAGUGGUAAAAUACCAAGUGCCUAACCUUCUCGGAGAUCGCUGUACGUUGUACGUUGAUGAUGUGUUGCUGUACGUCAUCAGAACCUGAGAAAGGCAAACUCUACUAGAUACUGUACACUGUAGGUAGAUGUCACUGAUAUUUGUUCCGUUCCUUAUCUGUACCAUAGCAUGUUAUGAAGAAUUUACGAAGAGAUUAUGACGUUGCACAAAAUAUAGAGAGAAGAGAGAGAAUACAGGUGAGAUUUUAACGAUAGAUGGAAUAGUCUUGACUGUUGGACGUGAGUGUGAAAGUGCAGUAUUGAGUAUUGAGAUGUAUGAGUGAGUUUUGAGAUUUCAGAGUAUUUAUUGAAUAUAAAGCAAAAGUAAUGAUGAUGUAGACUGCAGGAAGGAUAAUGUUGGUGAUGAUGGUGAUGAUGAUGAUGAUGAUGAUGAUGACGAGAUAGCUUCAGAUAGCUAUGGUGCUUAUUUAAACCUCUGAAGGAGGACUAAAUGAAAUGCCAUUGAGUUUAAUUGACAGAUAUGCAUGUUGCGGGGUUGUACACAUGGUUGUUGAUAUUGUUGUAAAAUUACAGCCUGUGUUGUACUGUGUUUUUUGCCAAAGAGUACAUGGCGAGCUCUUUCCUUUCUAGUAUUAGACUGAAUUCAUUAGAUGGAGACUUCAAUAGAGACCCAAUGCUUUUUGUAUCUUCCUUUACCUGAAAGCGUACUGAAAGUUCACAGAAAUUCACAGAAAGUGUCAUGCCAUCUUUUUUUUUUUUUUUUGGUGCUGCAUAAAACAUAUAACAGUAUAUGAGUUCAGUACCUGAAAAAGGCCUGUUGAAAAAAAAUGCCAUUGAUAAGCAGCAUUCAUAAGGAUAGUACACAUUUAGAUCACAGAUAUUCAAAUAAAUAGAUAUUUAUUUGACUAGAUAUGACAGACACUUUUUAGUAAAACAACUAAAAAAAAGAAGUGUUUGUGCUUCUUUGUUAAUUUUUUGCCCAUGUUUUCUGGGUUUGAUAGCUUCCAAACACCUUGUUGUUGUCUUCUAAGACAAAGUAUGGUAAUCAGUGAUGAGUAAAGAUGAGUAUAGAUGGUAUUUCUAUAGGUAGGAUUAAGCUAGCUGUGUUUACUGUAAGUCCAGGGAUGAGUUGACUGUUGUGAUGAAGUGCAGCAGGGCUAUGCAACAAGACGACACUUUAUAAUUAAUUGCUCCUCGUUAUCUGUAGCCUAACUUCCUGGAGAACUCGGCAGCCUGCAGAUCCAGGUUUUAGCACCAGUGGGACCAAGACACUUCUAUUCUGUUUAGUUUAUAGAUAUAUAGUAGGGCCCUAUGGAAUCGUUUUGUUUUUUUUUCUUUCUUUUUUUUCGUUCAGAUGUUUAAUUAUUUAUGUUCUACAAUUUUUUUUUCUUGACAAAUGUUCUCUAUGUCUUAAAUUGAGGUUUUUUUUCCCUUAAAAGAGUUUUUCCAUUUUUUAAAUUAUUUAUUAUUUAUUUAUUCAAUUUUCUCCCAAAGCCAAUUACCCAACAUUGCCCAACAAAUCAUUUGGACUCCCCCUUUCACUAGUGAUGCCCCAACACACCAGGAGGGUGAAGACUAGCACAUGCUUCCUCCGAUACAUGUGCAUUCAACCACCACCUCUUUUCGAACUGCUGCUGAUGCAGGGUUGCCACGCUGGGAGGAAAGCGCAGCGACUCGGUUCUGAUACAUCAGCUCACAGACGCCUUGUGCUGAUCAACAUCACCCUUGGAGAGAUUAAGGGAAAGAGUGCCAUCUACCCCCCACCAAUCAAGAGAGAGAGCAAGGCCAACUGUGCUCUCUCAGAGCUCCAACUGCUGAAGGCAAGCUACAUGACUGGGAUUCAAACCAUCUUCGAUUUUCCUUUUCAAUUUUAUUUUGACAAUAGGUCGAUUGUGUAGCUUCUUCGCGCUCAUGGCUCAGACAGCUACUCAAUCUGUAUGUUUUUAUGAUAACUAUAAAAAGUCAGAGACGUUUAAACUAUACCUUUUAAUCUGUGGUUCAGAGGCUAAAAGAGCAAAUAAAUCUCAUUCUAAUUCUAAUUUUGAUCAUGAAAUUUCUUAUGUUUUUUAUACCUCAGUUCCGAAAUUCCAUUUUUUACAUUGUGGAAAUCAUAGGGCCCUAAUAUAAAACUGGCAGUGUUACAGGCAGGGUCUUUACACUGUUGGCCUGUCAGUAAGUCCAGAAUCUGGACAUUUUGCCCUGCCCUCAAGACCUUAACCAGAAUUUGUGUUAUUUAUUGUGUUUAAUCCAGUCCAUAAAGUGUUUCCAGCCCAAAUAAACAGACAAUGGCCAACUGAAAAGCUCUGAAUAAGAUUUCACACAGGAUGUGACCUCACAGUGAUCUGCCUUGACCACCUACUGCCCCCUCAUCCUCGAUUUUUUCAGGGAGAAAUGAGGAUAAUUGUGCCGCCCGGAAAGAUAUGUGACUGUCCCGACUACUCCGCCCUUUCUAUAACGAGAAAAUAAUCACUUUACUAAAACUCUUUUCUGCCAGGUGCCAAAUUUAAGCGCUGCACCACUUUGUCUCCUCAUGCUGUACCUUGUCCACUUGAACUGUGGCCUGAUCUCCUUGGACAUUAUGUCAUGUUUGCAUGUGAUGAUGACAUACAGUAUGUGCAUGUACAGAACUGUACACCCUCGUGUAUGUUCUCGUUUUGUUUCCUGUGGGGGAGUCACUGGCUUUUUAUUUGAACUUUAAUAAACGCCACAUGUUUGUGGGAGUAAGUGGAGAAAGUGCGGUUUAGAUUUCUGCUGUAAAAGAGGUGUUGAACAAAAUAGAAAAUGACCUUCAGGCCACAAAAAAGCAUGGGACGACUGCUGUUGUUUCUAAAGCAGAUCAGCCAUCACCACUGUUCACUGACUGUCUGAUUCACUACCAUUCAUUACUAUUUUGUAUCACUGAAUUGAGAAAAAAGUAUAUAAAAAUAAAAUUUUAAGAAAUGU